GCCCCUGAAAGCCUGGCAUCUGGGGCAGAAGCAACAUCAAAGCCAGGAUUGGUUGACUCCCACCACAAAUGCCAAACAGGCCAGGCGAGGGCAGCGUGGAGGCGUGACAAAUCUCAGCCUGCCUCAAGCCUGUGUUCCCGGCCAGUCUGCCUUGGGCCUUGCUCCACAAUGACGGGCCCAUCAUUCAGCUUCACUCAACUCCUCACUGUUUCAGGACUUCUCUGUCACUCAGCUGGCUCCUUGGCCCUUCCUGGCCUGGAUCAGAAGAGGCGGAGCAGCCACAAAGCUUGCUGCCUGCUGACACCUCCCCCUCCCCCGCUGUUCCCACCACCAUUCUUCAGAGGCAGCAGAAGCCCGCUUCUCUCUCCAGACAUGAAGAAUCUUCUGGAACUUGAGGCCUCACCGUCACCCUGCAUUCAAGGCUCACUCGGCUCUCCUGGGCCUCCUGGGCCCCAGGGUCCACCGGGGCUUCCUGGCAAGACAGGACCAAAGGGAGAAAAGGGGGAUCUUGGCCGCCCAGGAAGGAAGGGUAGACCUGGACCCCCAGGUGUUCCUGGCAUGCCUGGGCCUGUUGGCUGGCCAGGCCCUGAAGGACCCAGGGGUGAAAAAGGUGACCUGGGUAUGAUGGGCUUGCCGGGGUCAAGAGGACCAAUGGGCUCUAAGGGCUUCCCUGGAUCCAGAGGGGAAAAGGGAUCCAGAGGCGAAAGGGGUGACGUGGGUCCCAAAGGAGAGAAGGGUUUCCCUGGAUUUCCUGGAAUGCUGGGGCAGAAAGGCGAAAUGGGUCCAAAGGGAGAGCCUGGGCUAGCAGGACACCGAGGCCCCACCGGGAGACCAGGAAAGCGAGGCAAGCAGGGUCAAAAGGGAGACAGUGGAAUUAUGGGCCCACCAGGCAAGCCUGGGCCUACUGGUCAACCUGGUCGUCAAGGUCCUCCAGGGCCUCCAGGUGCCCCAUCUGCAGGACAACUUGUCAUGGGACUAAAAGGAGAAAGAGGACUUCCAGGGCCUCCAGGAAGAUGUCUUUGUGGACCCCCUGUGAAUAUGAAUAACCCCUCCCAUGGGGACUCCAUGUAUGGGCCUGGCUCCCCUCGAGUUCCUGCUAUUUUUGUGGUGAACAGCCAGGAAGAGCUUGAGAAGCUGAACACCCAGAAUGCCAUUGCCUUUCGCAGAGACCAGCGAUCGUUGUACUUCAAAGAUAGCCUUGGCUGGCUUCCCAUCCAGCUGACCCCUUUCUACCCUGUGGGUUACACCAUAAACCAGCAUGGCACCUGUGGGGAUGGGGUGCUACAGCCUGGAGAGGAGUGUGACGAUGGUAAUCGCGAUGUGGGGGACGACUGCAUUGAUUGUCACCGGGCCUACUGUGGAGACGGUUACCGGCACCAGGGCGUGGAGGAUUGUGAUGGCUCUGACUUUGGCUACUUGACAUGCGAGACCUAUCUCCCUGGAUCAUAUGGAGACCUUCGGUGCACCCAGUACUGCUACAUCGACUCCACACCCUGCCGUUACUUCACGUGAGGGACUGGAGGAACAGGUGGGCUGCAGCCCAUGUCAUUGGUGGCUGUAUCUCUGCACCACACAUCAAGCUGGCCUUACUCUCUCUUGGGCCAGUGUCCAAUGACCUUCAUGUGACAAAACAAGGAUACAUUCUUGCUGCUAAGACAUGCUUUUGACUCAGUUUGACUGGAACUGGAAGAGUUUUGGACCACUGCAUCCUGUCUUAAUUAAAAGAACCAGAAACCUUC